AUGGCCGAGGGCAAGGGCAAGCUGUCGGACUUCUGUUUUCUAAACGACACCGCCAAUAUACAUGCUUGGGUCAGCUCCCUCCGAAAGGCAAACAUGAUGGCGACGACCAUACAGCACUAUGCGGUGAAUGUCGGCUGCUUCAUUAAAUACAUUGCUGAAACCCCUCCGCCGUCAUGCCGCCUGUCAAAAAACGCCUUGAUCGGUCUUCGGCGCGAAAUGCUGAGUGUGCGCAAGUCGUUGAAGAGAGGCGUGGCCAUGCACCGGACUUCGAUGAGAGCCGAAAAGGAGGUUCAGGUCAUCGCCAAGGCCACCCUUUUAAAGUGCCAAACCCAGGCGGCACAGGCCAUCCCAGAGUUAUUGACCCUCCUGGAGAAUGACCCAACACAGAAGAUACUGUGGCAGUUUUACGGGCACUUUGCGGCACUGCUUUCUUCCAUCUACGGCCACAGAGGGGGUGUAUUUCAGAACAUAACCUUCCAGGAGGUGCUGACGGCCCAGAAAUCAACAUCUCAGAAGGCAUAUCUCAUUAAUGUGACCAGCCACAAGACAAAUCAGGCAUUCGGUCCAGCCCAAAUUGCCCUGACGGAGGAGGAGUACGGCUGGGUACAGAGAUUCUUCCAGUUGAAAUACAAGCUGCUAGGCGGGGCCGAUGCAAAAUAUUUGUUUUUCACCUCCACGCCGAAGCCCUGCAAAAAUUUAAAUAAUUAUUUCCAGGACGCGUGGAAGUCCAUGGGCCUGCCUGGCUGCCCCACCUUCACUGACGUUCGGACCUCCAUCGCCAGCCACGCCAAGUUCACACACUCCAGUGAAGACCUCAUGAAAAUCUCUAAAUUCAUGUGCCACGAUGUCAGGACAGCAGACAAGUUUUACGUCACAAACUUGUCUGCCCAGCAGGCCAUGGAACACCGCAGGCUCUUUGAGUCCGCCUUGGAGGGUCCCGAGAGGAGCCCACCAAGGCAGCCAACACCUAAAAAACGAAAGCGGCCUGCAGAAAAUGUGAAGAAGAGAACCCAGAGGAGACUGGCCAAGGCGAGGUGGAAGGAGGGCAGGAAGGAGCGGCAGAAGGAGGAGCAGAGGGACGAGCAGGAGAUGGAGCCCAGUUAA